AACCACAUGAAAGCUUAGAAUGUCAGUGGUGUUCUACCUCAGUGCUACUCGUGCACACUCUUGAGGAGGGAGCAUGAGGGAUGUCUCUUUGUACUGUUUUUAAAACACAAGGAAUAAUACUAAAUGGAAUAUUCAAAGAGGGGAUCCAGGGCUAAUUUGUGAAGCAAAGUUAAACCUCUGACCAAUGAAUGCUGCUUAAAUUAAACUGACCAUGAAUCUGGCUUCGGCUGCCAAUCCCAUAGUAAAGUCAGAGUUGAGGGAGAGAGGAGAGGCCUCGUAGCAUGAAAACAAGAAGGACGCUCCAACAGAUCAUCCAUGCAAUGGCAGCUCCAUCACUUCCUGAUUCUAAUUCCCUAUUCUAUUUCCAGAACUAUAGGAGAAUACAGAACACUACGCUGUGGGUAUGCCACUGAAUUUAAAAAUAAUUCCCUUUCUGUGUUUUGUGUGUGUCUGGAAAAAAAAGAAGCUGUUUUUCUCUUCCAAAAGUUCAUCAUAAAUGAGAGGGCUGGUUGAAUAUGUCUAAUAGUGUUAGUGUAGCUGACUAUUCAUUGUCAAGAAAAGCAGAUUUUUCUCUUCACUGUUGCACAAGUGUCAGCUAGGCAGGAAGGGUGUGAGUGUCGAGUGGUUUCCUCUGUACUAUCUGCUGAUCAGAAACAGAAGUAGGCGAGAGAGGGGUGUGAAAGGCGUUUUCUCACUAGGUUUUUGUGGUAGACAAGAGAAGCCUACACCAAUCGUGAUGUGAAUGACAAAUGCCAAUGUACCCGGCUUUUUCGUGAGAGGGUGAACUGCUUCACAUUGCUAUUUUGAAGGGGGAAAAAAAAGGUAUUUUAACUUAGAAUUCCCACAUGGAAAUGGAUGAGAAAGUCGUAUUUGAUGUAAACCUUUAUCAGAAAAUAACAUUGUAAGUUGAGCGUGAUGUGCUACGUGGUAUAGAUGACAUGCAUAUUAUACAAUGUAGUGAUGCUUCUCGUUCCAAUGUGUUUAAUGUAAUAUAGAACAUGUUUCUGACCGAGGCAUGUGAACCUACACGUAUGUGAACCUACACGUAUGAUCUUGUCCAUGUGACUUUGGUUUCCGUUGCUUGCCUGCUUCCGCAAAAUACUAAAUGCACGGCUCUGCAUGUGUAGAGAACACACGCCACUCGACCGACCAGCGCUGCAUCGCACACAACCGGAGAUAUGGUCAACAGCUCGACCGACAGUGGCUUGAAGGACCCACAUCUAACCACCAGACCAGGAUGUUUAGAUGUUCAUCCACGGCCUCCUCCCCUACCCUGCUCUGUCUAACCCUCUGGCCCCUGUGGAGCCUCCUGAUGUCCGCCUUCUGCCACCCUCACCACAGCCCCUGCAGACUGACCCAAAAGACUGCUCUCUGUAGCAACAGUGAACUCUCAUCUGUACCUGGGGGCCUACCUGACAGCAUAGAGGACCUCCACCUGAACCACAACCACAUUCAGAUGCUACAAGAUGACUCUCUCUCCCGCUACGUCUCCCUUCGUACCCUAAGCUGUGCAGACAACCUCUUGGAGACGGUGGGGUCCAAGCUAUUUCACAACUCACCUCAUCUAGAGAGCCUCAAUCUAGCUGCCAAUAACCUUCACGUUGGAUACCAGCAAACUAGCCUGGCGCUGCUCACCUUGUCUAGACUCAGAGUUCUGGAUCUGUCAAAAAAUCAGCUUACAGAGGACAUGGUCUCCGUCCUCCUCCAGAACAUGACGUCCCUGGAGUACCUCAACCUUUCCAGGAACCUCCUGCUGAGGCUGGACGAAAGCUCCUUCAGCGACCUCCACCAGCUCAGAGAGCUGGACCUGCAGAGGAACAUGCUGUUUGAGAUUGACGGGUCCUUCGAUCACCUGCACAGGCUCCAGAGACUCAACCUGGCCUUCAACUACCUGCCCUGCCUGGUGCACUUCCACAUGACCCAGCUGGUGGUCCUCAACGCCAGUCACAAUGCCAUUGAGUGGUUCAUAGCCAACCAGGACCUCCAGGAAGUCUUCCAGCUGGAGACCCUGGAUCUCACAGACAACAACCUCCUCUUCUUUCCCUUUCUGCCCACCCACAGCCGCCUGAGGAACCUCCAUCUGUCCCAGAACAGGGUGAGCUUCUACGAACACCUGGCAGACACAGCUGCCUACCCCAACUGGAAGACCAGCGUCCAGUUCUACAACCUGAGGGGCAACAUGAGCAACGUCACGGCCAAGUUGUGGGACGAGAGUCUGCACGGGGACAUCUCCUCUCUAGACCUGCUGGAUCUGAGUGGAAAUCAGGUGCACUACUUCCCCCAAGGAUUCAUCAGCAAAAUGCCAAGCCUGACCAGACUCAGGAUGUGGACAAACUGUCUUGAGGUCUUGAAUCUAACUCUGGAAAAGCUGCCGGGGACGUUGUACGAGUUGGACGUGAGCAACAAUAGGUUGACAGAGCUCCAUGCCGACCAAGUUAGUUUGAGGAAGCUAGGCAACCUAAGCUUUCUGAACCUGAGCCAGAAUGACCUGCAGACUCUACCUGCUCAGCUGUUGUCCUCUCUCACCAGCAUCAGCUCUGUGGAUAUUAGCUACAACAGAGUUGGCGUGUGCCCCCUUGAAGCAGGGGGUGGGGGCAUAGGUGGGGGUAACCAAUCAGACUGUGUCGUUUGUAGAAACAUCAUUUCUCUGAGAUAUCUCUACCUAUCGGGGUGCAACCUGGGGAGGCUGCCAUCAUCAGUGUUCGUAGGGACGCCCCUAACACACCUGGAGCUGUCUAACAACCCAGAACUCAUCAUCGGGCCCAGAUCGAUCGCAGGCCUCAGCAGAACUUUACACCAUCUAGGAUUGGGAAACACAGGCCUGAGACACUUUGACUUCUCUCCUUUCCACCACUUGAAGUCUUUGAACAUUUCCAGAAACUCUCUUACUCAGCUCCCUGCUUCACUGCAACGCCUGGAGCUGGAGCUGCUGGACCUGAGGGACAACAAACUGACCACCGUCCCCUCAGCUCAGGCUAUCGUGUUAGCCACGAAACUCCACACUGUUUUUCUCAACGGAAACACUUUCAACUGCUGCCAGUUGGACUGGUACAGGACAUUCGAGAAAACGGUCACUAUCAUGGACCUCUCAGAUAUUUCAUGUCAGGAUCUGACCAAAAGAACACACAGAGUGGUGCUUGUAGACUCCCUAAUAUGUGGCGGUAGUGAGGGGGAGUCUGUGUACUGGUACAUCCUGCUGUUUAUCGUACCUGUUCUCUGUCUGGUUGGAAUGGCUGUUAUCUUCCAGCUCACCUUUAGGCCCAGACUGCUUCCCACAGCAGUUAGAAAUAAAUGCUGGAGUCACCUUCCCUGUGUUGUCGAAGAAAAGUCCCAAAAAGAAGACACUGGUCGUGUCCAAAUACCCAUACUAGAGAUCUAAGUAGAAGGCAUUUUAAGUAUGCGAAAAUAGAAUGUUUUAUAGUAAGUGCAACUACAACAAAAAAUAGUAUGCUUUAAAUGUUAUUUUUGAGAAAGAUAAUCCUCUUUCCAGACUCACGUGUGUUUGACAACAGCUGAUAAUGAGAUCAUUAUUUUAUUUAACUACGCAAGUCAGUUAAGAACAAAUUCUUAUUUACAAUGACGGCCUACCCUUGCCAAUUGUGCACCGUCCUAUGAGACUCCCAAUCACAGCCAGGUGUGAUGUAGCCUGGAUUCGAACCAGGUUCAGUAGUGACACCUCUUGCACUGAGAUGCAGUGCCUUAGACCGCUGCGCCACUCGGGAGCCCAAGGGGACAUGCUGUACCAAAAUCAAAUCAAAUCGAUUUAUACAGCCCUUCUUACAUCAGCUGAUAUCUCAAAGUGCUGUACAGAAACCCAGCCUAAAACCCCAAACAACAAGCAAUGCAGGUGUAGAAGCAUUAGGGCUGGUUGUGGUAGGGCUGGUUGUGGUAGGGCUGGUUGUAUUAGGCAAUGCAGGUGUAGAAGCAUUAGGGCUGGUUGUGGUAGGGCUGGUUGUAUUAGGCAAUGCAGGUGUAGAAGCAUUAGGGCUGGUUGUGGUAGGGCUGGUUGUAUUAGGCAAUGCAGGUGUAGCCCAAAUUGAAGCCUUAGAAUGAAUGAAUGGCGGGAAUCAACGCAGUUGAUUCCCUAAUAUGAUUCUAAUAUGAUUCAAUUCAAUAAUAUGAUUCAGUUGAUUCAAUUGAAUGAUUAAAUUGCACAUUAGAUGAAUCAUUCUCAGGAUGGAUGAGCCUAGUAUGUUGCUUACUGCAUUCGUUUGUACUAAACAGUAUGUAUGUAGUAUGAUUAGUACACAGAAUGUAGUUUUAUAAAGUAGUAGGCAAGACAGAUUUCGGACACGGCCAUUGUCACAAAUUACAAUUAUGUAAAAGUGUGAUGUUUUGCACAUACAGUAUCAAUACAAUUUGAAGACAGAAACAAAUGUUUCCUUACAAAGCAAUUGAGUUUAGGUAAUUCAUAAAUAAUGUCAUAUUACAUGUGGUGAUAUCUCACAUUGGAAACACUUAAAACGAGCAUAUCCUGCUAAAGCAGAUAAAGAACUGCGUGUUACAAUGUUCAGCAGCAAGUCAACCUUUUUGCAUUGUGAUAAUCUGUAUGUGCUACGUGUGGUUGGUUCACACGAUCGCUGCCUCUGGGGGCCUGAAUGUGAGAAUAUGGCUAUACUCACCAUGUCUGUGUGUGUGUGUGUGUGGUGUGUGUGCGGUGUGUGUGUGUGUGUGUGUGUGCGGUGUGUGUGUGUGUGUGUGUGUGUGCGGUGUGUGUGUGUGUGCGGUGUGUGUGUGUGCGGUGUGUGUGUGUGUGUGUGUGUGUGCGGUGUGUGUGUGUGUGCUGUGUGUGUGCGGUGUGUGUGUGUGUGUGUGUGUGUGUGUGUGUGUGUGUGUGCGGUGUGUGUGUGUGUGUGUGUGCGGUGUGUGUGUGUGUGUGUGUGUGUGUGUGUGUGUGUGUGUGUGUGUGUGCGGUGUGUGCGGUGUGUGCGGUGUGUGUGUGUGUGCGUGUGCGUGUGCGUGUGCGUGUGCGUGUGCGUGUGCGUGUGUGCGUGUGUGCGUGUGUGUGCGGUGUGUGCGGUGUGUGCGGUGUGUGUGUGUGUGCGUGUGCGUGUGCGUGUGCGUGUGCGUGUGCGUGUGUGCGUGUGCGCGUGUGCGUGUGCGUGUGCGUGUGUGUGCGUGUGUGUGUGUGUGUGUGAGUGCGGUGUGUGCGGUGUGUGCGGUGUGUGUGUGUGUGCGUGUGCGUGUGCGUGUGCGUGUGCGUGUGCGCGUGUGCGUGUGCGUGUGCGCGUGUGCGUGUGCGUGUGCGUGCGCGUGCGUGCGCGUGCGUGUGCGUGUGUGUGAGCAGAAGUUUUGUGAUGCAAGCUGUUGCUAAAAGCAGCGGAGGAAACAUGACAUUUCCUGUUUUGCUGAGAUGUGCAUCAACUGCCCAGUUUUGUAUCUGACUCAGAAAGGACAGGUUGGCGGUUUUCACCUCAAGUCAUAUUUGUGAGGCACAGCUGCAACUCUGGUCACAGGGACCGCAAAUAUGUUGUUCUCUAGUAUUACACCAAUAUGUAUUUGCAUGAUGUAAUUUUAGUAUUUGGAUAACUACAUCCUUCAAAUGUACUAUGUGAAUUAUAUAGAGAUAUACCAUGUUAUAUAUUUAUGGUCAGUCCUAUAGAGGAUUACCAUGUUCUAUAAUGACCUAAAAUAUAAAAUGCAACAUGCAACAAUUUCAAAGAUUUUACUGUGUUACAGUUCAUAUGAGGAAAUCAGUCCAUUUAAAUACAUUCAUUAGGCCCUAAUCUAUGGAUUUCACAUGACUGGGAAUACAGAUACGUAGGUGUUGGUCACAACAUACCUUAGAAUAAAAGGUAGGGGCGUGGAUCAGAAAACCAGCCAGUAUCUGGUGUGACACAUCUCCUUCACAUAGAGUUGAACAGGCUGUUGAUUGUGGCCUGUGAAAUGUUGUCCCACUCCUCUUCAAUGGCUGUGUGAAGUUGCUGGAUUUUGGCGGGAACUGGAACGCGGUCGUACACGUCAAUCCAGAGCAUCCCAAACAUGCUCAGUGGUUGACAGGUCUAGUGAAUAUGUAUACAGACAUUUUCUGCUUCCAGGAAUUGUGUACAGAUCCUUGCGACAUGGGGCCGUGCAUCAUCAUGCUGAAACAUGAGGUGAUGGUGGCAGAUGAAUGGCACGAUAAUGGGUCUCAGGAUCUCGUUACUGUAUCUCUGUGCAUUCAAAUUAGCAUAGAUAAAAGGCAAUUGUGUUCCUUGUCUGUGGCUUAUGACGGUUCAUACCAUAACCUCACCGCCACCAUGGGGCGCUCUGUUCACAGCGUUGGCAUCAGCAAACCGCUCGCCCACACAACGCCGUACACAUGGUCUACGGUUGUCCUGGGUUGUCGUGGUUACACGUGGUCUACGGUUGUCCUGGGUUGUCGUGGUCUACGGUUGUCCUGGGUUGUCGUGGUUACACGUGGUCUACGGUUGUCAUGGUUACACGUGGUCUACGGUUGUGAGGCUGGUUGGAGGUACUGACAAAUUCUCUAAAACAACGGAGAAAUUAACAUUCAAUUCUAUGGUGGACAUUCCUGCAGUCAGCAUGCCAAUUGUACACUCCCUUGAGACAUCUGUGGUAUUGUGUUGUGUGGCCUUUUAUUGUCCCCCCCCCAGCACAAGGUGCACCUGUGUAAUGAUCAUGCUGUUUAAUCAGCUUCUUGAUAUCCCACACCUGUCAGGUGGAUGGAUUUUCAAUGCAAAGGAGACAUUUUCAAUAACAGGGAUGUUAACAAAAUUUGGUGCAUAAUUUGACAUGUUUGUUUUUUUUUUCAGCUCAUGAAACAUGGGACCCAACACUUUACAUGUUAUAUUUUCGUUGAAUGUCCUGCCCUAUGAACACCUCUGGUUAUGUAUAUAUUUGUGCUUUUUUUGUUUGAAAUGGCUCUGUGACAAUCACUAUGCUCCAAUACAAAUAAACCCUGCCUAAAGUGAAGCACCAA